CCCACCUCUGUCCACAGUGACCAGCAUUUUGAUGCACAGUCAGUCCUGAGUGCUUCUAGAAAUGGCCCCUAAGAAGAAGGAAGAGCCAAAGCCUGCUGCACCAGCGGCCCCCAAGCCCCCAGAACCUGAGCGCCCUAAGACUCCUGAGUUUGACCCGGCAUCAGUGACGCUGGAAUUCACCCCGGAACAACUCGAGGACUUCAAAGAUGCUUUCCAGCUGUUUGACCGAACACCAAACAACGAGAUGAAAAUAACUUACGCCCAAUGUGGCGACCUGAUCAGGGCUUUGGGCCAGAAUCCCACUAAUAUAGAGAUCAUGUAUGUCCUUGGGAAGCCCAAAGCUGAAGAUAUGCAGACCAAAAUGCUUGACUUUGACCAGUUCCUCCCAAUUUACCAACACAUCUGCAAGGCCAAGGACCGUGGGACAUUUGAAGACUUUGUUGAAGGUUUGAGGGUGUUUGACAAGGAGGGGAAUGGCACAGUGAUGGGUGCUGAGCUCAGACAUGUGCUGGCAACGCUGGGUGAGAAGAUGAGAGAGGACGAAGUGGAGCAGCUAAUGCAAAACCAAGAAGAUGCUAAUGGCUGUAUAAACUAUGAAGCUUUUGUAAAGUACAUCAUGGCAUCAUAAAAUAACUGUUUGUGCCUUAAUGUGAUUUUAGUGCUACAUCACAAAAAAACAAAAAAACAAUAAGAGUCAGAAACAAGUUUUUCUUCACUGGUAAACAAGGUGUUUGCCACCUUCUAAACAGAAGUUGUCUACAUUUCUGUAAAUCCCAUCUUGUACAAUUUUCAUUCUCAUGUGUCAUGGAAGAUAAACUCAUAAAAGCUUCUUCUCAUUUUCUAAGGCUCCUCAAGCUGAUGCUGUGCAGCUCUGUAAAUGUUUUAGAUCACGGUACAUGAAUACACUUGUUUUCAUUGUG